UUUAGCGCUACAGUUGGUGAUAUUAUACAGUAUACAUAUACAAUACCCGGUAAAUUGAUGCUGUUUUAUUUAUAAUAUAAGGAAUUCUUACGCUUCUUGAGCAGCCUUUACAAAAGGAAUACAAACAUGAGAAAAAUACGAAAAGGACUAAAGAUUUUCCAGACUUACCCAAAAGUAAUUUGUUUAUGCAUUGGCUACAUCUAUAUAUGUAUGAAUUUUUUCGUUAAAACAACCCCGGAACACCGUAUUACACACAAUCAAAUGACUGGUAUUACUUAUUUCACCGAUAAAGGAGUUGAUGGCGAAACAAGAGCGAAAACUACAAAAAUAGAUAAGCAAACAGACAUUCGCAAUAUACCUAAAUGCAAUAUGUCUAGCUAUAUUGCUUAUGGUAGUGACAUUUGUCUUACAGUGUUGUCCGAGAGAAAGAUUUCUUUACCAACAGAUGUAAUAAUGGAUAAAAUGUUAAAGCUGAGUCAGCAAAAAAUAACGGAGACUGAAGCAGGCAGUAGAAAUCAUCUGAACGAUUAUUAUUCAUUGUCAAGAGAAGAAAACUGUAGCAUUGAUAAGGUUAUUCAACAUUGUCACACUUUAAGGGAAUCGUAUAUGUAUGGAAAACAUAACACUACGACUGAAGAGAAGUUGUAUCCGCUAGCGUUUGCAAUGAAAAUUCAUACACACGGUAACCAAGCACACAGACUUUUAAGAUACAUUUAUCAUAAACAUAAUAUAUACUGUAUACAUAUUGAUGAAAAAGCAGAUAUUGAAAUCUACAAGAGAUUCAAACUAAUUGAGUCAUGUUUUGAUAACAUUAUUGUUAUCGAAGAUCGAGUACGUGUGGUUUACUCAACAAUACGCGUUGUAGAGGCAGAGCUAAAAUGUAUGAUAGCUUUAAGUGCAUCAACAACGAAAUGGAAAUAUUAUAUCAAUUUAACUGGACAAGAAUUUAUGUUGAAGACCAAUGCAGAACUUGUGAAGAUAUUAAAAGCUAUGAAUGGAACUAAUGAUAUUGAAAGUUAUCCGGUACCAUUUACAGAAUAUCACAAAUUCAAACAAAGGACAUUAAUCAUAAACGAAAGUCCUAUUAUAACGCGUCAAAAGAAGCAAGGAUUUCGUCAAAACAUUAUAAUACAUAAAGGAAGUGCCUACGGAAUGUUCAGUAGAGAAUUUGUAAAUUUCAUUUUAAAUGACAACUUUGUGAAAGAUUUUUUGAUUUGGUUAAGAGACACUUACGCUCCAGAAGAAUUAAUCUGGGCAACAUUACAAGUGUUGCCAGGUACUCCCGGAGGGCGUUCCAACUCAAUAUCCUCCAAAGACAUUUAUAUUUCACGGGCUGUCAAGUGGCAAAUGGAUCAAACAGUAACUUGUCAUGGAAAAUACGUACACUGGAUAUGUAUUUAUGGUUUAGAGGAUCUUCCAUGGUUGCUUAGUCAUAGAAAUAUUGUUGCAAACAAAUUUUAUGAAGACUUUGACCCACUUGCCUUAUAUUGUGUUGAAAAUAUUAUGUAUUUAAGGUUAAUGCAUGGUAAAUGAUCACUUUGAUUUGACUUAAUACAAGCAGUAAUUAUCAAGAAACUUUCACACACAUUUAAGUGUUGUUUCAAACUAAGUGUUUUAGUAAUUUUAUCUUGGAAAAGUACAUCAUAUCGUUGUUAAGUCUUCUUAAAAACAACGCCCCGAUAUAUAUUUAUAGCGCGCCAGUGACAUUCGUUUCUCGGGAAACGAAUCGCCACUUUAUUAAUUUACAUAUUGAGAGCUUAACGGUUAAUGAGACCUUAUUGUUUAUGUAUUUUAUCGACGGCAAAUUUCAUUUUCCACCUAAGUUCCUUGAUAUGAAACGAUUUAUGAAUUAUCUAUAACUAACAUAUUUAACCUUUAGAGAGCCAAAAGCCGCUUUAAGCGACUCAAUUAAAAAUGUGGAUAAGCCAUGACUUGGUCUCAAGUCAUGUAUAAAUUAACAUACACUUAGUUCUUUUGCUCAGCCGAAACAUUUUGAAAGUCCAAUUUCUAAAAAACGAUCGUUUUUAUUAAUCGUAUAAAUAAACAAGAUCGAGAUUGCACGUGUAUGUUGCUGGUCGGACUGUCACUUAGAUAAGCACGUAAAUGUUAUUUGUACUAACAUUUCCGAAAAUAUCCUUUACAACACAUUGGGGGAUAAAUUGAUAAUGUUCAAUCGGCUAUGUCUCAAUACAGAAGUUUUCAAUAUAGUGUUUUACCUUUGUUAACCGCAUCUUUUUAAAGGAAAUAUAUUCCCUUAUCUUUUUUCCAUAGCACGGUUUGUUUUCUUUGUGUGAGAUCCUUAGA